GUUUGAAUAACAGAUGACGCGUCCAGUAACCCAGCACGUUAGCGAGACAAAAUCUGGUCAUUUUAUAUACCUGAGAUCCGGAGAGCAGAACUGUACCCUCAGUUUCCCUCCACACGUGUUAUCAUCAGGUAUUUUACGUCGAAGGAUUUGCCCCGGACAUUGCGAACUAUUUAAAAUUUCUUGGUGCAAUUCCCAGUGUCCAUAAUUAAGUGAUCUGGAGUGUUCCAUAAUCCCGAAUAUGUUUGUGAGUUUACGGUUGAGGGGCAUGAGUACUGGGUGGAAGGUACACACGCGUUCCACAACCGGUUCCCCGUCAAAUCCACGGCCUUUCGAGGAGAUUCCCGGGCCCAAAUCGCUAGCACUCAUUGGAACACUGUACAGAUAUCUUCCUCUCAUCGGAGAUUACAGUUUCAAGAAAUUACAUAAAACCGGAGCGAAGAAGCUCGCGGAAUAUGGCCCACUGGUGCGCGAAGAAAUAGUCCCAGGUGUGUACUUGGUUUUGGUAUUUAAACCCGAUGAUAUUGCGGAGGUGUUCAAAAGCGAGAUGGGGAAAUAUCCGGAGCGUCGGAGUCAUCUGGCGCUGAUGAAGUACAGAAGUGACAGAAAGGAUCUGUAUAACUCUGGGGGAUUACUACCAACAAAUGGGGAACAAUGGUGGAAACUGCGGAAAGAAUUUCAGAAAGACCUGAGUAAACCCCAAAACAUAGUGAAUUAUAUAGAAGAAAUCGACAAAGUGAUGAGAAAAUUCAUAAGCGUGUGUGGACCAGGAUUCCACAGGGAUCUCAUGACUCUUCUGUCCCGGUUAUACCUCGAACGUAAAUACAACUUUCACCAGUCAUACUACAAUCAAGAUCCGACGAGAAUCCCGGUUAUUUUAAUACAAAAGAAACUAACUGUUAUUUUAGUGACUUGCUUGGUUGUUUUCGAUGAGCCCUUGGAUGUGUUUUCCGAGGCACAAAUGACGAGUGAUUCGACAAGUUCAAAAUUGAUCAAGGCAGCCUUUGACGCCAACGAUUUAAUUCUUACGCUGGAUCAUUCUCGUCUCUGGAAGUAUUUUGAAACGCCCAAAUACAGAAAAUUUCGUGGGAAUUUGGAGACAAUGCAGAAGGUGGCUAUUGAUAUGGUAACCCGGAAGGCGAACAGAAUGAAGGAGAGCGGUGGAAAUGAAAAGCCAUCGAUUUUGGAGAAUUACCUCAGCAACAAAAACGUCGAUCUGAAGGACGUUGUCGGGGUAGCUUGUGACAUGCUCUUAGCAGGCAUAGACACGACAGCAUACAGCUCCGCCUACGCCCUAUACCACGUCUCAAGGAAUGACAAAGUGCAGGAGAAACUCCGCGAGGAAGUCAGAAAACUUCUUCCGGAGGCUGACAGCCCAAUCACGUCUGCUACACUUAGAGAUGCGGUGUACGUGAAGGCUGUAAUUAAGGAGACUUUCCGGUUGAAUCCAAUUUCUAUCGGCGUUGGACGAAUUCUCCUGUCUGAUAUUGUCCUCAGUGGAUAUCGGGUGCCUAAAGGAACGAAUGUUGUUACUCAGAAUCAAGUAGCCUGUCGAUUACCCGAGUAUUUCCCAGAUCCUGACUCAUUCAAACCGGAGAGAUGGUUGAGAGACAAUCCAGACUCAAAAAAUGUACAUCCAUAUCUACUACUACCGUUUGGCCACGGCCCAAGAGCCUGUAUUGCCAGGAGAUUAGCUGAACAAAAUCUACAGAUGUUUCUGCUGAGAAUGUGCAGAGCGUAUAGUUUUAAAUGGAGAGGGGGAGUUUUAGACUGCGUGUCAGUGCCUUUGAAUACACCAGACGGGCCAAUUACUAUUGAAUUGACCCCUGUCGAUGACUGAAAGGAUGGAUUGAUCAAAUAAAAUAAGUCUAAGUGUUAUAGUUGAAUGAAUUACUGCUUGAAUUUUAAUGUGAAAAAGUUCAAGUCUUUGAGAAUAAUUCAGACAGGUAAAAUCAUCCCACGCACUUUGUUUCUUCAAUUUUAAUCAUUGACAAUAGUCCUCAAUAAAACUCAAUUAAUUUUUUUGUAAUUAAAUAUGAACCUGGCUAUCUAUUUCUUAAAUUGAAGAUGAUCAAAUAUUCCAAUUACCCUCUUUCGGAUUAUGCAGUUGAAUUAAUUCUCAAAGAACUAGAGAAUUCUACAUUGUCUGGACGUGGGGAUCGAUACAGCGACGAGUGGAUGACCCCGAGGAACCCGUCACGACUGCAAGUACAUGAACGAGCGUGCAUUCACGUAGAUUCGCGAAAAGCUUUUACAAUAGAAGGAAUACAAUAAAGAGGCAAUCUGAUGAUGAAAAUAAUUGUUGAUUAUUUUGCUUU